GCCCCGCCGAUCCAUAGAUACUCUUCCGUACUUUCUUUAGAUUCCUUCCAAAAUCCUCCUUAUCUCUUCUUUAUCAAUUAUCACUGCGGGAGCGACAAGUGACAUACAAACACUUUGAACGAGCUAAACGGAAGCAGACCUUAACGAUGCCUACUUUCUCUCUUUACUCUCAUCAUUACCGUCUUCUCUCUCCAAACCAAAUUUCUAAACCGUCAAUCCUCUCACAAGCAACUCCUGCACGCCUCCUCUUAUUAUCCAAACGAUCCUCUCGUCAUCGAAUUUGCUGCUCUUCCCCGAUCAACAACUCCGACUCGGUUCCCUCCUCCGGCGAUGGUUUUUCCAGUAAUUUUUGCAUUAUAGAAGGACCGGAGACUGUGCAGGAUUUUGUUCAGAUGCAACUUCAGGAAAUUCAAGAUAAUAUAAGGAGUAGACGCAAUAAGAUCUUCUUGCUCAUGGAAGAGUUGAGGAGACUACGGGUACAACAGCGUAUAAAGAGUGUGAAAGUUGUCAAUGAGGAAGGCGGAGAGGAAGAGGCAUAUGAGAUGCCUGAUAUUCCAUCAUCCAUUCCUUUUCUUCCUCAUGUGACACCAAAGACAUUGAAGCAGCUUUACCUAACAAGUUUAUCUUUCAUAUCCGGGGUCAUCGUGUUUGGUGGACUAAUUGCUCCAACACUGGAACUGAAAUUAGGUCUGGGAGGCACCUCAUAUGAGGAUUUCAUACGUAACAUGCAUUUGCCAUUGCAAUUGAGUCAGGUCGAUCCCAUUGUGGCAUCCUUUUCAGGUGGGGCAGUGGGAGUCAUUUCAGCACUGAUGUUAAUUGAGGCAAACAAUGUUGAGCAACAAGAGAAGAAAAGAUGCAAAUAUUGUCAGGGAACUGGAUACCUGGCGUGUGCCCGAUGUUCAGCAAGUGGUGUGUGCUUGAGCACUGAUCCCAUCUCACUAUCAAUUGAUUCUAAUCAUCCAUUGCGUGUGCCAACAACUCAAAGGUGUAAAAGCUGUUCAGGUGCAGGAAAGGUUAUGUGUCCGACAUGCCUAUGCACUGGGAUGUUGAUGGCAAGUGAGCAUGACCCACGAAUUGAUCCUUUCGACUAAUUCAUUUUGUGUGGAAUUAUCUAGCUUGUUGCUAAAUGUCUAUUAGACAAAUCUUAGAAUCUCUCGUUUUCUCUCUCUAUCUCCAACUCCUGAAGGUCUUUAAGGAUGCAAACCAGCAUGGAGGAAGUUAACUGAUUAGCUUGGAGAAUCCUGUUGAGCGAAACAAGCAGUGUAUAGAUAUAGAUGGUGUGGUAGACAAUGGAAAUUGCUGUCCAAACAUUUUGGAUUUGCAGGAUUUUUUAUUUCAUGUCAUAUUCUGGAUAACACUACUAUAAGAGGAAAUAGAAUAUCGUUUGAUGCUCUUGCAUUAUUUGUAUUUAAUCCCAUAUUUAACAAACUGGAUGAUAGAUAUCCUAACAUAUAAAUGGUUGUCAAACGCCAAGGUCAAAAUUGGAGUAGUAAUAGUAGUAGGAACUGUACUGUAUUUGGGUGCUUUGCUGUUGGAUAUCUAUAGGAGAAAAAGGUAAAGUGGAGAAAUGAUCUGGAAUAAAUAAAUUUGUAUUUUGUCAUAA